AUGGUUUCAAAAGGAGAUAAAGCCCGUUUUUUGUUAAAACUUUUGAAAAAGUUUAGAUGUUUGAAGGAUAAUAGUUAUCAUGAAUCAAGAUACUGUGUUAUGGUUCUUAUUUCUAUUUUUCCUUUAGAUAAACUUAAUCCAUCAUGUUGUGAGAUUGUUUGCAAAGAAUUUCUUGAUUUUUUAACAGAAUGGUCUGUUGAAAGUCCUGCAGAUACAUUUUUAGUGCCAUAUACUGUUAAACUUAUUAGAAAAGAUGUUUUAAAAAGUGAAAGAAACUUUAGAAAUAGAACAAAAUAUUUUAUAAUAAAUAAUAAAAUGUCGUUAGAUGAAGAUAAGGAAUGGAUCAAUUUUGUAUAUGCUUUUCCACAACAAUCAAUUGAAUUAUCUAUAAAUAAUGAAGAUUCAAAUGAUUUUUUUGAUGAAAAACCAUUUGCUUAUUUUGAUGAUAUAUGUCUUUUUUUUAAAUUAAUGACUGGUCAACAUCCACCAUCUCCUCCAUUACUUUGUUUUGAUACAGCAUUCAUUGUAUUAAAAAUUAUUGCCAAAUAUUGUACACAAAAUUAUUGGUCUGAAGCUACUUUAUCAAUAUGUGAAAAAUUUAAAUUUCAAAAUGGUUUGGUAGAAAAUAAUAUUAUUCAAACAAAAAAUUGGGUAGCAUGUGUUUUGUAUGCUACAAUUAUUGUUAAAUGUAACAUGAUGAUUGAUGAAAAUGGUAGAAUUUUACAUAUUAAUAAAGAAGAUAUAGAAAAAACUAAGACAAAAUGUUUUGAUUAUUUUUUGGGUAAUAUAGAAGAAAUUGCCAAAUUUACAUAUUUUUUAAAAAAUAUAUAUUUUAAAAUUGAUGAAGGAGAUUAUGAUAGUGAUAAUAUUGAUAUUACUAAAGAAACAUUAGAUACAAUUAAAGUAACAAUAAAAAAAAUUAUUGAUAUUAUCACUACAACAGCAUUUGAAAGAUGGAUUACAAAAAAAGAAUUUAGUAAUGAUAGGAGAGAAAAUUUCUUUCAAUCAUUAAAAACUAUAUUUACAAAUAUUUUUACUGCUGAAGAUUUGAUAGAUUGUGGAAAAAAUAUACUUUCAAAGAUAAAAAAAAUUUCUUUAAUACAUUCUUAUUUAAACUGUCCAAAUAAUUUUCACUUUAAAUUAUUUUCUAUUAUUUAUCAAGCAUUCUUUGAUACUUCAAUUAAUGGAAAACCUUCAACAUACUAUUGUUUAUUAAAACAGUUUCGUCCAUCAUUUUGUGAAUGUAUACCAUCAUCAGAAUUAUAUUUUAUUAUGGGAUUUGAGUAUUUGUAUUAUUGUUCUAUUUCUACUAAAGAUAUCUGGAGUGCUUUAGAAUGUGGAAAAAAACAUUUAAAAAAAGCUGUUAUAUAUAAUACAAUGAAUAUUUCUUAUAAAUUUUUAAAUGAUAGAUUACUUGAAGAUAAGGAAGAACCUUUAUUUCAUGUAUAUAAAAUUUUCUUACGGAUAUUAUCAUUUGAUGAUUCAAAAGAAUUUAUAUUAGCAAUUAUAGCAUCUAUAACAAAUACAAUUACAACAUAUCAUGAUACCUCAUCAUCAAAUUCUUUAGAAUAUUCUAUAAAAAUUCUUAGAAAUUCUUUAGAAUGCUUGAGCAAAUGUAAAAAAAAAGAAAAACUUCAAUUUAUAUAUUCUAUUGUUGUUAUAAAAAAACAAAAUAUUAUAUCAAGUUUAUUAGAUAUAGAAGAAUUAUUUUUAUCACAAAAUUUUUCAAAUUUUCUCAGGGAACUUAUUAUUUAUGAGGGAGAUUUACCAUUAUUAUCUACUUCUAAUUCAUCAAUUGAUGAUCAAAAGAAUGUUAUUUUUACUGGUAAACCUUUAAUUAAUAGUUUGUUGCAAUAUUUAAGUGAAUUGAUAAAAAAUUUAAAAGAUAAUAUAUUAAAAUCAUUAGAAAAAAUCAAUUAUAUUUUAUCUAUGUUUUUUGAAGCAGGACUUUUAACUAAUAUAUGUAUACACAAUCAAAAUAUUUAUAAAUACUUAUAUGAAUUAUUGAUACCAUUAUUUAAUCUAAUUAAUACAUUAUGUGGUGAAUUAUUUUCUGAAGAUGAUAAACCUAGUUAUCAUUUAACAUAUCAACUUUCACUAUGUUUAGCAUCUUGUAUUAUAUUACUUUUGUCAAAAAAUGUUAAUGAAAAUCAAAAGGAUAAUAUUUUUGAGGAUAUAGAAAAAAAAGUACAUCCAAAAAUGAAAUUAAAUUUAAUCAAUUCAUUAAUUAAUUAUCUUGUUAAUGAUUUAAAAGAUUACUAUGUGAAUACUUCUAAUUUGGUAUUAUCAACUGAUGGAAAUGCAUCAGAUAUUGAUGAAUCUACAACGACAGAUUAUGUUAAUAAUGAAAUAAUUGUUUAUAAUGAAAAAUCUUUAAAUAGAUUAUCAAAUUUAUUUGCAAAUGAAACUUGUUAUGAUAUCUUUAAGUUUAUGAUCAUAAUUUUAGCUAAUAAUUUAGAAAUAUUACCAAAAGACAGUAUUAUUACAAUGAUGUUAAAGAUCUCAAAAAUUGCAACAAAAAUUUGUUAUAAUUUGUCUACAUCAUUUAACAUAAAUCCUAUGGACAAUAUAAUAAUUAGAAAAAAUAAUUUUACAUCAUCAUUUUUGUUACCAAAAAUUGAAAAUAUUUUGUUAAAUAUUAAAAAUACAGAUUUUGAGGAUAAUACAAAUUCUAUUGAAAAUAUUCUUUUACCAUUUAUGAAUUUAUUAUCACAUCUACCUCAAUUUUUUAAAUUUCUUCUUUUACAUUUUUUUGAAUCUAAACAAUAUCAUAAAGCAUUUUUGAAAGCAUUUCAAAAGUUUUCACUUAAACCAAAUCUUGAAGAUCCAACAAAUCCAAAUUAUUCAUUACAAUUUCCUGUUUAUACAAAUGAUUUAGAUGGUAUAAAUAAGGAAGGUUUUAGUGUUAUAUUAGAUUCAAAAUAUAAUAUUAAUCUUGAAACAGGACUUAGUUUAACAUUUAAAAUUAAAGUUAAUACAUGGGAAGAAAAAAGAAAGUACAAAAAUAAUAAGAUUCAUAUAGCAAGUAUUUUAUUAUCAAAUGAAGAUAAUAAAAAUUUAAUUUUUAAACUUUGUUUAAAUGUAACAUCAGGAAAUUUUUAUAUAAAUUUAAUUUUUAACAAUCAACUUGUACAGGAAGAUAAAAUUUCAUUAACAAAAUGGAAAAAAAAUGAAUGGAGAUCAAUAUCUUUUCAAGUUAUGUAUAUGAAUGAUAUUGAUACACAAUUAAAAAAUUCUAAAAAAUUGUUAUGUCGAUUUUCAGUUAACUGUAAAAUAUAUGAUAUAAUUUAUUUAGAAAAAAUUUCAAAUAUUAAUUUAAAUGAAUUUAUCAACAAAAAUUUUACUAUUAAUUUUGGAUUUAUGGAGUUUUUAGAAAAAAAUUCAAUUCAAUAUCAAUUGGCAAACAUUUUUUCAUUUAAGGGUCUUUUACAAUUUGAAAAUUUAUUUAUUUUAAAUUCUUUAACAUCAAAUGUUAAAAAUUUUAUGAGAACAAGCUCCAAUAUAACAUAUCAAUUUUAUAAUUUUUAUCCCCUUUUAAAUGGAACAUUUUUAAAAAAUAAAAAGAAACAUAUUAAAAGUAUAUUUAAAAUAAUUGAAUCUCCUGAACCACCAUUACGUCUCCUUCAAAAGAAGACUGUUUUUAUUAUUGAUGCUGAAUGUCCUAAUGUUUAUUCUGUUUCAACAUUAAAUCCAACUGCAUUAAAAUUAGCAAAUAUAUAUUAUAAUGUCAAUUCAACUUCAUCAUAUGGAUUUAAUUUUCAUUUAUCAAAAAAUUCUGAUAUUAUUAAUAAUACAAAUUCAUCUAUUACUUUCACAACAAAUCUUUCAUAUUUACUAUCAUUAAUAGAACUUGUUGAUUUUCCUAUUAAAUGGAAUUCUCAACCUAGAGUAGUAAAAAAUUUUUCAUUUAUAAAUGAUUUAGCAUCUAUAUGCCCAACAAAAACAUUUAUUUAUCUUUAUGCAAGAACAGUAGAAUUAAAUUUUGAUGAAAGUUUAAAAGAAACUAGAAUGGAAGAAAAAAAUGUAACUAAAGAAUUUUCACAAUCAAUUGUUCUUAGAAUGCUUAUUAAUGCUGUAAAAAAUAAUGUUAUUUCAUUAUCUGAAUUUGAUAUUUCUGGUGGUGUUUUUAUACCUUUAAGAAUAUUUGCAUCAAAAUCUGCUAAAGUUACAAAAAAAGAUAUUUUUAAUGUUUUAAGUUUAGCUAUAUCAGAUCUUGUUUAUAUUAAAUCAGAAGAUAAAGAAUUUAAAUAUAUUGGUGAUAAAAAUACAAUAAUUUCAUCAACAGCCUACUCAAUUAUUAGAGAUGCACAGAUGCUUUUAUAUAUAUUUCAUUCUCUUCAUUUAUGGAAUCUUUAUGGUUUAUGUAAAUUAGAAGCUCUUGUAUUAUUAGUUAAAAUGGUUUCUGAUUGUAUAACAGAAAAUAAAUGUAUUUUUGCAAAAAAUAAUAAAGAUGAAAUUGUUAGAAAUAAUUUAAUUAGAACUAUUCUUGAUACAUAUUCCUCUGUAUCUAAUGAAAAAUUACCAGAAGAAGAAUUUUGGUGUAAUAAUAAUCCAAAUGAAAAUUUAAACAAUAUUUCAAUAAAUGAUCCUAUACCAACACCAACAAGUUUUAUUGAAAAUUCAAUAUAUCUUUUUAAAGAAUUAUGUACAUUAGAUGAUAAUUUUCCUGCAUUAUUUUCAUUAUGGAGAUUUUUAUUUAUGACACAUCCAGCAACAAAUUUUUGUUUUUAUAUCAAAGAACUUGGUCAUCCUUCAAAUUCAAUGGUUGAUUUUAAAGGAAGUAUUAAUCAUGUAAUAAAAAAUGGUGGAAAUAAUUGGAUUGAUUUUACUGAUUUUAAUGAACGUGUUAAUUUAGAAUUUCCAUUAGAAGAAACAAUAAUGUCAAAAUUAUUAAAUGAUUUUAUUAUAAAAUAUCGUAAUGAUAUAUGUCAAGGAACUAUUACACCAGAUAUGCUUGAAGAUAUCACUAAAUGUAGAGAAUUAUUACUUGGAAUAGAUGAAGAUCCUAAUACAAAACAAGAUGAUCCAAAAUUAUAUGAAGAUUAUAAAAAUUUAAUUAAUAAAAUUACUAAUCCAAAAAUUUGUCAAAAUGAAAUUGUUAAAGAAAUACCUUCUGAUACACCAAGAUGGAUGACAAAAUUAAGAUCAUUAAUAAUUGAAUUUUUAGCAUCUUCUUUUGUUAUUUGUUCUGAUAAUGUUAUGAUUCAAAUAUAUGAUGCAAUUCAUUGGUAUUCAAUACUUGUUCUUAGUUCAAGACAAACUGAUCCUGAUAUACAAACAAAUAUAUUUAUGUUAUUAUCAAAAUUUAUUUUUAGAUUACCUGAAGAUCUUAAAAUGGAAUUUAUAAAACAAGGUGGUUUUUAUAUUAUUGGUAGUCAAAUAAAUAAUUUAACUGUUAUAAAUAUAACAAUUAUUAAUUCAUUAUUUUCAUUGAUGUGUUUAGAAAGUGUUGAUAUUUCUCAAGGAUUAGAUGAAACUCAUGUUAAAAAUAUACCACCAAAUAAUAUGACAUUUGCCUCAUUUCCAGCAUUAUUUGCAUUACUAGAAAAGACAAGUGAAAUUGGUAAUGAAAUUGAUUUUAUUAGACUUAUUGGAGCUUUCAUGAAAUUAUUUCUUUCUAAUUCUAUGUUAAGACAAGUAAUGAUGGAAUGUGGUUUAAUGGAAUGUAUUUUUAAUGUUAUGAGAAAUAUGUUGAUAAGAAAAGAUUUAUAUAGAAUUGAUAAAAGUGACAAGUCAAGUCCUAAUAUUCUUCUCCUUGAAACAUUUGUUACAUUUUUAAGAUAUAUAGCUAUUAAUUCUAUACCAUAUGAUAAUACAAUAUUUUAUGAAAAAUGUAAAGGUUUUGCUUGGAAUUGUUUACUAUUAGAAUAUACUUUUCAGGGAUAUAUAUCAACAGCAACUUUACAAAAUGAAACAUUAAAUGAUGAAGAAAAAAUUGAAAAUGGAAAUAAUAUAACUUUAAUAUUAAAUGCUUCAAGAAAAUUACGUGAAUUAUUGUCAUCUUUUAUGAAAUGGUGGCUUGAAAGUAUAAGAGAAGUUUUUGGUGAUAAUUAUGUUAAUACUUCUGCAUCUGGUAGAACAUCACCAGAAGAUUUUAAUAUUAUUGAUGAUGAAGAAAGUAAAGAUAAUUUUGAAUUUAUACCUGAAAAUCCAACAUAUUUUACUUUUAUUGCUUUUAAACAUAAUAUAGAAAAUGGAAAAAAUGAAAAAUGUGUUUAUAGAUGGAAAUCACAAACAACACCAGAAUGUAUGGAAAAUUUAAGUGAAAGAUUAUUAUUUGCAUUGGAACUUUUGGCAAAAUAUUAUCUUUUUCAUGGAAAUAAUGGUGAACAAGGAAAUAGAGAUUACUUUAUACCUGCUGAAGAGCUAGAUUCAUUUAUUUUAAAUUUUCAAUUUAUGUAUUAUAUUUGGAUUCUUGGUAAUGAGUAUGAAACAUAUGGACCUACAAGAAAUAAAACAAGUCUUAUUAAAAGUGGUAGUGCUAAUUGGCAUAAAUUAUUAAUAAUGUGUAAACCAAAAGUAGGAAUAUUAAUUUUAAGAAUUUUAGCAUGUACACUUUGUAGUAUUGAUAAUAAAUUAUCACAAUGUAAAAAAAUUGAUAAUAUUAAUACAACUAUUCAUUUUGAAAGAAAACCACCAUUAAUUGCAAAACAAAUAAGAUUAAUUCAAAUAAUUGCUAAAGAUAUACCUGAUAAAAGGGAUUAUCUUAAAAAAUUAAUUGAUAUUGAUCUUGAUUUACAGUAUUGUUUAAAUAUUGGUAUUCAUGAAAUAGCAUUAUCAAAAGUACCAUUAUUUAAAGAACAUACUGAAUAUCAGGAGUUUAAUAAAAAUUUAUCAAAAAUUAUGGAUAUUUUAAAAUCUGUUAAUAUUAAAAGUCCUUUUAGUGAUUUAUCAAUAGAUUCUGCUGAAAAUUUAGUUAAUGAAGAAAUAUAUUGUUAUAAAUGUUAUAUAGGUUUAAAGAAAAAAUAUCUUUCUGAAUUAAGAUCAAAAGCAACAUUAUAUUAUGAUAGACUUCAAGUUUGUGUUUCACAAACAACAGAUUUUGCUUUUGCAAUAACACGAAUGGUUAAUGAAUAUCAUCAUGGUAUUAGAAAAUUAUUUGGUAAAUUUUUAGAAACUAUUUUAAAAAAUUUAUAUGAAGCAGAACAAAAUUUACUUAAUAUAUCAUCUUGUCUUACACAUCCUGAGGGUCCUGUUCAAAAAAUUGAAUGUUGGCCAAAAGGAUGGGCUUUAGAAAGAACUGAAAAUGGUUUAAGAGAAAGAAUUCGCCUAUGCCCAUAUGACUAUAAUUAUGAUGAAAGUUAUGUGUUAGAUGAACAAAAAUCAACAAUGAUAAAAGCAAAAACAAAACCAUUAUAUAAUUUACUUUUAAAUGAUAGAGUUGGUAAAGAUCAAAAUAAAAAAAAUGGUGUUUUACAAAGUUUUAAUCAAGCAGCUAUAUCAAUGGAUUAUGUUAAAAAUAUUGAUGAUGUUAGGCAAUCAGUUACAGUAACAGUUGUUAUGCCAAAUUUAGAAUGUUUUGGUGAAUUAAUAUUAGCUUCAAAUUGUAUCUAUUUCUUUGGUGAAUCUGCUAAAACUAGCCAAAAAGGUCUUGAAUGUGAUCCAUUUACAUUAUAUUUUGAAUGUUCUAAAAUUAAGGAGAUAUAUAAAAGACAAUAUCUUCUUAAAGAUACAGCAUUAGAAUUAUUUUUUACCGAUGGUGAAACAUUAUUAUUAUCUUUUGUAUCAAAAAAAGAAAGAGAACAUGCGUUAGAACAAAUAUUAUCAUUAGAAUUACCUAAUUUAAUUGUUAAUUUAGAGGGACAAUUAAAAAAUAUAACUCAAACAUGGAGACAAGGUAUUAUUACAACUUUUGAAUAUUUAAUGUUACUUAAUAAAUUAGCUGGUAGAAGUUAUAAUGAUUUGAUGCAAUAUCCUGUUUUUCCUUUUAUUCUUAGUGAUUAUACCUCAGAAACACUCAAUCUUAAUAAUCCUAAUUCAUAUAGAGUUCUCCAGAAACCUAUUGCUAUACAAGAUAAAAGUAAAGAAGAAUAUUACAUUAAUUAUUAUAAUGAUCUUGAUAAUGAAUAUAAAAGAUUUAAAUCAAAUUCUAAUUCUGAAACUAUAACUUUUACUGGGAUGCCAGUUAAGUUUGGUCCUUAUCAUUAUGGAUCACAUUACUCAAAUUCUGGAAUAAUAACACAUUUCUUAGUUAGAUUAUCACCUUUUACAUCAGUUGCUUUAGAAUAUCAAGAUAAUCAUUUUGAUAUUGCUGAUAGAUUAUUUAAUUCACUUGAAACAACAUGGGCACUUGCCUCCUCCAGAUCAACAACUGAUUUUAAAGAAUUAAUACCUGAAUUUUUUUAUUUUCCUGAAUUUUUAAUGAAUAAAAGUAAUUUAGAUCUUGGUGUAAGACAAGAUGGUGCUAGAGUUAAUAAUGUUGUAUUACCUCCAUGGGUACCAAAUAAUAAUGCUCGCCUUUUUACUCUAAUUCAUAGGCAGACUCUUGAAAGUUCAAUUGUCUCAGCAAAUUUACAUCUUUGGAUUGAUCUUAUAUUUGGAUAUAAACAAUCUGGUGAAGCAGCAGUUAAAGCUAUUAAUGUUUUUCAUCCAUUAACAUAUCGCUUUGGUACAAAUACAAGUAAAGCAGUUGCUAAUUUAAAUGUAAGUACAUUAGAAGAUGAUGCUGAAAGAGAUGAUGAUGUUAUUUUAAAAGUAGCAUUAAAAACAAUGAUUAAAACGUAUGGGCAAAUGCCAGCACAAUUAUUUUUAACAAGUCAUUUACCAAGAUUAAGUAAUACUAUAAGUUUAAAUCAAGUACCUAUUCCAUCACCAAUAUCAUCUGUUAGUGGUAUUAAAUGGGGUGAUUAUGUUGGUAGUCCAAAUUUUUUUAUAUCAGAAGAUUCACCAUAUAUUGUUAAAGGAAAACAUAAUACAAAACUUGAAGAUGGUAAAGAUAAUGAUAAAGAAGAUAAAAAAUUAAAUAAAAUAAUUUUAUAUGAAGCACCAUCAACAUUUGUUUCACCAGCUAUUGGUGUACCAGAUGGAAUAAUAUUAUUAAGACAACAUAAUGAUACAAAAAAAAGAUUAUUUUAUUCUAAAGAAUCUGAUAAUGAAGUGAUUGCAGCAGUUAAUUGGAAAAAUAAAGCAAAUGUACUUAGAAUUCGUUUCUUAGUUGGUUGUGGAUAUACAUCAGUAGGAAUAAAUAUAUCAAAAAAUUAUAAUAAUGAAGAAGGUUCACCAUGGCAAAAUUUUUGGCAUAUGGGUUAUGAAAUUCCAACUUGUGUAACAUACUCUACAUGUAACAAUAGAUUAUUUGUUGGUUUUAAAAGUGGUAUGAUUAAAAUAUUACAACUUAAUUUUGUUGAUAAAAGAUGUUAUGUAACAUGCCAUUAUAAUCAAUUAUUAGGACAUUAUUCACCUAUAACAUGCCUUUCAAUAUCAGAUAAUUAUAGUAUUAUAGUUUCAUCAUGUCAAAAUGGUUUUGUUAUAAUAUGGGAUAGUAAUAAAAAUACAUUUAUUAGAAAAGUUAAAUUUCCUGAGAAUGAUUAUAAAAAAAUACAAGAUAAUGGUGUUCAAUUAACAAUGAUAUCACAAACUUCUGGAGAUAUUGCUAUUGUGAGUAAUGGUAAACAAAAUAAAUCAUAUAAAAAUGAUAUUUCAUUAACAAAAAUAUAUCUUUUUACAAUAAAUGGAGAUUUAAUUGGUUCUAUUGAUUCUAAAUUUGCUGUUACAAGUAUAGGAAUGACAAAUCUUCCUGAAGGUAUAAGUGUUAACUCAUUGAUAAUUGGUUUAGAAAAUGGAAAAGUACAAAUGAUUGAAAUGUGGACAUUAAGUAUAAUAAGAGAAUUUAGUUAUGAGGAACAUCCUUAUCAUUCAUUAAAUAUUGAUCAAACAUAUGAACGAAAUAAUAAUACAAAUAUAAUUUUAAAUAGUGAAGUUGCUAGUGUUAUAUGUACAAAUUCAGGAAAACGUCUUUUUAUUGCUUAUAAUAAUGGGACAAUUUUAUGUUGGCAGGCUGGUGGGUAUUCAUAUAAAUUACCAUCUGUUGAAUAUCUUGAUUUAAAAUAUGACAUUCGUGAUUCUAGUAAUAUUGAUAUGAAUUAUAUGGAUAGUUAA